GCGUUUGUGUGUGUAUUUCCCGAAAAGUGCCUGAAACUCAAGAAAAGCGAUCAAAAGUCGUUGAAAAAGUGGAUUUUAUAAUUAGAUGGUUAAUUGUGAAAGCAUAAAUGAUAAAAGUAAAGUGUGACCUGGGCCUGUGAUCUGUGAUCUGCUAUGUUCCUAGCCAUUAUCAUCUGAUUUCUCACGUGUGAAGCACAUGGCAAUGGAAAUUAGUGUGAUAGCUGAGCCAACGAUACUGUGUGCAAUUAGUCGAGCAAAGCGACGGACGUGGACGCGGACGACGGCCAACUGAGUUUGCGAGCCAAACAGCCGAAAGAAGAAGGACAGAGAGAGAGAGAGAGAGAGAGGGAGAGAGGGAAGAAGAAGAAGGCAUCUAAAUAGAGAGAGAGAGAGUGAAAGAGAGGCUCGACAAUCAUGCGGAACGCUCUCAGCAAUGAUAUGCGGCAACCCACAGAGGACAAUGCGGACAGCAGCUUUGAGCUGGAUGAGCAUGAACCGGAACUGGAACCAGUCAAAAGAUUGACCACGGCAACAACCAACAUUAGCAGAAGCAUUGCGACGCAUAUCAAGUAUGAGUCCGAUAUCAGCGAUCACACAGAUACGCAGAGCACGCACAGCAGCAGCUCAACGCCAACGACAGCGGAUGUGGCCGAUGUGGCGGAUGUGGAAACCAUCAACUCAAUGCCCCUCUCGCCGGCCAUCUAUGGACGUGGCGGUCAGCUGGUCAAGCGUCAUCCGUCGUCAACGUCAUCGAGGCAACAGCAGCAGCAGCAUCAAGCCGAUAAUCUUUCCGCUUCGAUAGCCACCAGCAGCCACGAUACGACCAGCGAGAUGCCGGACCAGGAUAAUGUGCCGACGUCAUCACGCUAUGCCGCAACGCAUCCCAGCGCAGCCAUUGCAGCGAUUGCAGAGACUUCCGGCGCACAGGCGGCCACCAGGACAUCCGGCGGCACACAUCGACGCACUCUGUCGGCCACUUCGUAUAUCUCGAUGCGCUCGCAGUUGGGGCCGGCGGGAUCCUCAACACCACCAGAGCCACCGCAGCGCAAUCGUUUCUUUGAGUGGAUUCGCGUCAUCUGUAAGAUGUGCUGCUGCAAGAGUUCGGGAAUCGGCGAGCCAAGUGUUCAUCAUGCGCUGAUUGUGAUAUUUUUAGAGUUCUUUGCGUGGGGUCUGCUAACGAUGCCCAUUAUAUCGACUUUGAAUCGAACUUUUCCGGAUCACACGUUCCUAAUGAACGGCCUGGUCAUGGGCAUUAAGGGCAUAUUAUCAUUCCUAUCGGCGCCAUUGAUUGGCGCACUGUCCGACAUUUGGGGUCGUAAAUUUUUCCUAUUAGUCACAGUAUUUUUCACUUGUAUGCCCAUACCGUUGAUGUGCAUAAAUACAUGGUGGUUUUUUGCCUUGAUCUCAAUUAGCGGCGUUUUCGCCGUCACCUUUUCUGUGGUGUUCGCAUAUGUGGCCGAUGUGACCACGCCGGAGGAGCGUUCCAAGGCGUAUGGCCUGGCUUCGGCCACAUUUGCGGCCAGUCUGGUCAUUUCACCAGCACUUGGCAAUGCUCUAAUGGACAUGUACGGUGAUACAUUGGUUGUGGCUCUAUCCACAGCAAUUGCUGUCUUGGAUGUGUUCUUCAUUCUGGUCGCUGUACCGGAGAGUUUGUCGGAAAAGAUGCGACCAGCAACGUGGGGUGCGCCAAUUAGCUGGGAGCAAGCAGAUCCCUUCAUGGCAUUACGCAAGGUGGGCACAGAUAAGACCGUCUUAAUGCUGUGCUUAACGGUUCUGCUUUCCUAUCUGCCCGAAGCUGGCGAAUAUUCCUGCAUGUUUGUCUAUCUGAAGCUGAAAAUGGGCUUCAACUAUGUUGAGGUUUCCAUUUUCAUAGCUGUCGUUGGCAUUCUCAGCAUCACAGUACAAGUUACGCUUGGCUCGUUCAUGAAAGUACUUGGCGCCAAGCGCACAAUCAUUAUGGGCCUAGCCCUUGAGUUAAUUCAACUGCUUUGGUAUGGUUUAGGUAGUCAAAAAUGGAUGAUGUGGUCAGCUGGAGUUGUAGCUGCCCUAGGAUCUGUUACCUAUCCAGCCAUAAGUGCAUUUGUAUCACUUUAUGCCGCUCCCGAAAGUCAAGGUGCCGUUCAGGGAAUGAUCACCGGCAUGCGAGGGCUAUGCAAUGGCCUGGGACCAGCGGUUUUUGGCGUCAUCUUCUAUUUGUUUAAUGUUGAUUUAAAUGAUUUACAGAGCAGUCACACAAGUGUUGAAAAAAUUCAACAUCAUGUGCCGGGACCUCCAUUUGUCUUCGGUGCACUGUGUGUCUUCUGUGCCAUUGUCGUGGCUGCUUUCAUUCCCGAGGGCCAGCAACAGACAUUGGAAAAGAAACGUGCCUCGCUUGAUGUACAGUACGAGAUCGAAACUGGCCACAAGGUGCCCAGUUCUCUGGCGCCUCUCAUACGCUCCGAUUCGCUGGCGCAGCUGUAGUUCGAUAUGACCACGCCCAUGACUACGCCUACGCCUGCGCCCACAACCACAACCACGCCCAUACCAAUGUCACACAACUGCAAAACAGCUGGUGUCUAUACAAUUUAGUAACUGUAACAAAUGCUGUAUCUAGUUUUUGCUUUAGUUUAACUGCAACUACAUCAACCCCAGCGCUAAGUUAGGAUUAUAUUAUUUACAACAAAGAUGCUGUUAUUAAUUUCCUUGCCGCGUGUGAUUUGCUAUUUAACAAUUCUAUAUUGUACAACCAACUGUAAUUGUGCAAGACCUCAGAGUUAUUAAUAUAUAUAUGUAAUUUAUAAUUUUUUUUAGUUAGCUACAAUCAAUUUGUCGUACUUGCCUGGCCUUUUAUUAAUUAAUUUUCAGUUCAAUUAUGUAACAUCACAGGAACAAGUGUUAAGCAUUUAACACCCUUUUUUUAUAUAUCAACAAAAAAACUGCCAAAUAAACAAAAAAAAUACAAUUCUUAUAAUUUUGUGACAAGUGCAGCACAAGAAAUAUUUUUCGGGUUAUACAAAAAUGUGUUAGGCGGCCACAAACAAUAUCACUUAGAAAUUUAUAUGCAUUGUUUUAUUUGUUAAAAAUCCGCAGCAUUGUCAAGAUCUGUUAUACUUAGAGACAACAAAUUAUUAAUUAGAAUUAACAGUGUAGUAAGCUUUACUUUGCAAAUUUUAGUGAUCUGAGGAACAUAAGAGUCAAACUAUUCGAGUUCAAGAAGUCGCGAAUGAAAUGAGAAUAAUAAAACAAAUUCAGCGUAUUCAAUUUACGCACCGAAUCGUCUGUGCAGCCGAGCUAUAGAUUUUAUUUUGUUAAAAUAAAAUACAAAUUGAAUUAUUGUUUUAAAUUAAUCAAGGCUUAGCGUAAUGAAGCAAGAAACAAGUGCGUGUGUGUAUAGUACUAAGUAGAUGUAAAGUAUUUGCACCUGCAAAGUUUCACAACUUUCGAUAUAAAUAUAUAUUAAUACUAUAGACAUAAAGAAAUAAUAAUAAUGAAAUAAAAAUAUAUGUAUAAAAGUAUAUUUUUGAUUUUGAAAUGCAAUUAAGCAGUUAAUGUAAAACUGAAACCAAAUUUCUAAUGUAAAUUAUAUUUAACAUAGAUUACAAAAUUAAUUGUAUAGCAUACAAGUAUGCUAAAUGCAAGAAACAGACCGUAAAACAUAUAUUUAUUUAAUAAUACCUAAAUGUAUGUACUAACUUUUGACGCAGUGAAAAACAACAACAAUAACACUCAAAGAAAAGAAAAUGAAGCGAAAUGGAAAACCAAACAAGAAUUAUAAUAGUAAAAAAAAAUAAAAUGAAAAUUGUGUAACAAAUAAACAUAUGGUUUGAUGAAAUCCCUUAAA